ACGAAACUGACUCGUUUUGACUUCCUAGCACAGACUUUUCUUUACGUGUGCAUCAGAGCUUCCACGGUUACCAUUCACACAUACGCCCAGACAGGCAGCACUACUAGAUACUACAAGCUCAUGCUGCUCUGCUAUUGGCUCAUCGCUAUCGAAAGGCUUUGUGUCAGAGUCGGCUUAAAAGGUAGAGAGACGUAUUGAAACCACCAGACAGGGAGAGAGAGAGAGAGAAUCAAGUGUGUCAGACCGGGAGCAGCACGCUGUUUGACAGAAGCCGGGUAUUGUUUUCUAAGGAGUGUUGAGUGUUCGAGUAUUUUCAUAUUUAAGGAUGUGUAGUCAGCAGUUGUUCAUAUUUCAGUCAUCUGCAGCUCAGCCUUCUUUUUCACCGGUAACCAAAUGAGGAAACCUCUCUGUUUCCUGCUCAGCUCGCCUCAGUCGAUCAUCUCUGGACUCAGCAUCGCGCAAAAAGAGCAAAAGGCUGCGAACACGCAUCAUGGUCGCCGGUGAGCUCGUGCAGGAGCAUCUGCGCGCGGGUACCGGCGCACCUGACGACAUCACGGUCGGCAGGAAGGAGCCAGAGGACGAGGAACGGCCAAACGAAGCGGUGCACGCGGGCGGGGCCGGGGAGACAAUCUCAAAGCGCGCGCAGGAGCUGGAGGAGGACAAGGAAGCUCCGCCUGAUGAAAGAGAGGUGAUGCUACCUAACGGAGGAGGAGGAGGAGAAGGCGAGGAGGAGGAAGAGAAAAGGCUGGAGACCAGGGUGUACGCCCGCCGGUUCGCCGUGCUGGCCGUUUUCAGCCUGUACUCCCUCGUGAACGCCUUCCAGUGGAUCCAGUACAGCAUUAUCACCAACGUGUUCACGCAGUACUACGGGGUGACCAACGACAAGGUGGACUGGCUCUCCAUCGUCUACAUGGUGGCCUACGUGCCGCUCAUCUUCCCCGCCACCUGGCUGCUGGACCGAAAGGGUCUGCGCUUAACGGCCCUGCUGGGCGCCGGCCUCAACUGCGCCGGCGCCUGGCUGAAAUGCGCGAGCGUGAACCCCCAGCUGUUCGCAGUCACCGUCACCGCGCAGGUCAUCUGCUCCGUGGCGCAGGUGUUCAUCCUCGGCCUGCCUUCCCGCGUGGCUUCGGUGUGGUUCGGACCCCGAGAGGUUUCCACUGCGUGCGCCACGGCAGUGCUCGGAAAUCAGUUGGGGGCAGCCAUUGGCUUCUUGUUGCCUCCUGUUUUGGUUCCUAACACCCCUGAUAAUGUUGAACUCACAGGUCACAACAUCAUGAUUAUGUUCUACGGUACAGCUGCCGUCUCCACGGUCCUCUUCGUCCUGGCAGUGAUAGUCAUAAAAGACAGACCUCCUCUCCCUCCCAGUCAAGCACAGGCUGUCUUACCAGACUCCCCUCCUGAAGAUUACUCUUACAAACAGUCCAUCCUCAACCUGGUGAAGAAUAAAGCCUUUGUCCUGCUCCUCAUCACCUAUGGUAUAAUGACUGGCUCCUUCUACUCUGUCUCAACACUUCUCAACCAGAUGAUCAUGGCCUGUUAUGAGAACCAGGAGUUGAAUGCUGGUAGAAUCGGUUUGACUUUGGUUGUUGCUGGGAUGGUUGGAUCUAUCCUCUGUGGCCUUUGGCUGGACCGCACAAAGUUGUACAAGAUCACCACACUGAUCGUGUACAUCCUGUCGUUUGUGGGCAUGUUGGUCUUCACCUUCACUCUGGACCUCAAAAACAUCCACUUGGUCUUUGUCACUGCUGGAGUCCUGGGGUUCUUCAUGACAGGUUACUUGCCACUGGGCUUUGAGUUUGGAGUGGAGAUCACCUACCCUGAGUCUGAGGGAACAUCAUCAGGACUCCUCAAUGCCUUUGCUCAGAUAUUUGGGAUUAUUUUCACUCUGAUUCAGGGAAAACUGACCACAGACCAUGGCCCACUGUCUGGAAAUCUCUUUCUCUGUGCCUGGAUCUUCCUGGGAAUAAUUCUUACAGCCUUAAUCAAAUCAGAACUGAAAAGACACAAUGUGAACAUGGGAGCAGACAGCAAUCACCUGAAAGCGCUUACUACUGAUUGUCCUGGAGACUGCCCUUCAGAAAAGAAAUCCAAUGGAGCCAAGAUGGAGCCCUCAGUCAGCUUCUCUCGUGAAACCUCACUGUGACCUGCCAAGUCACACAAUCACAAACAAGUGAGACUAUCUCCCUGCUCCCGUGGGAAACAAGUUGGCAUCAAAUACCUACAGCAGUACCUGCUUUUUGUUGCCAAAAAUCUCCUCCUUAAAACUUGGAAAGUUGAAGGUGCCGGGCGUGAGCCAGGUCUAAUUAAAGACAGCCACAACCUACAGGUGAUUUAGGACAGGUGUCUCAUGGAUGGGAUUGGUUAAUGUUGUAACCAAGCUGCCUGACUCCUUUCAAAGCUCCUGGAAAGAUUGUUGUACACUGACAUGCAGAAGACACUCCAUUGCACUUUACUUGGCUGUAGGUAAAGGCUGGCACUCUUAGCUGGUUAGUGAAGGAAAACUGGCUGGACCCCCCCCCCCGCCAGUCCCAGACAACUGUGACACUGGUUCCUGUAACACUGCAAGAGAAAGCGAGCAGAGCAAUCUUGUUCAGUUUUAUACUGCCACAGAUGUUAGGCCACCAUUUCCUGAGUUUACUUGAAUUAUUCUUUGAAGCUCUACUCUAGAUGUGAAUCUCACUGUAAAUAUCUAUUAAAUUUUUUUACAUGGCAGUAAUCAAAAGGUCCUUUGACUCAGAUUAACUCCUGGAAUCUGUUUCAAACCUGCUUCAGCAAAGAACAUGUUUACUGUUUUCUAUAAAGCAGCAUGAAUUGACUGUAUAUAAAGGAUGGAUGUAGGCACUGUGACAUCACCAACCCACAGUUUGAAACCUCAGCAUUAGCAAUUUGGAAGCUGCCACGCUGUGUUUCUUUUGGAGUCAGAAGUGACCAUAUUUAGAUGAGAGGGUGGGGUGCUAGCUAGGGCUCAGCUAACUUUCGUUAGCAAACUGCAUCCAUAAAGUGCACAGGUCCACAAACACUGAUCCUAAAUAGUUCCAAGUAAAAGACUUCAAAUUAUGAAAAUAAUAAUGAAUAUUUAAGCUUCACGGACAGCUUGGAUGGGCUUUUCCACACAGACAGCCAUUAACCUGUUAGCAGUCGGACGUACCGCCCACGGUACAUUGGAUGGUUUAGGGGACUAAUUGUAAAUUUGUAGGACUGCUAAGGGGUUAAAAGUCUUUCACAAAGCAUCGGCACAAUGGAGACGUCAAUUUAAGGAAGUUGGUUUAAAAGAUUCAGUUCAAUGACAUUUUAUUUAUACAGCGCUAAAUCACAACAACAGUCGCCUCAAGGCGCUUUAUAUUAUGAGGUAGACCCUAAAUUUAUACAUACAAAGCGAAACCCAACAAUCAUAUGACCCUCUAUG